CGUGCUUUCACCUUUUUUAUGCUGUUUUCUUUAACAGCAGGGCUCUCGUUAUCUCACUGAAUAAUAAUCCGGGUUGUGCAUCGAGUGGGAGUUUUGUCGUGGAGAGGGUGGGAAGUUUCUCAUCGCUCCCAACAAGGACAGGAAAGGAAGACAAAAAGAAAAACAGUUGAGGAUUUUUUACGCACGGGGCGGGCCUUUCAUUCAGCCGGGCUGUGGGUGAGGGGGUCACCUCGUCAGGGACAAUCAAAGAUGUUUGAGUUUCCAUGCGCAGUGACCAGGGAGGUAACACUGCGCGUUAUUUACCCCUCCUCCUCCAGCUCCGUCCGCACCGGCCUCCCACACCAACCCAGGCUUUUAACGUCACCCCGGGUCCAAAAGAGCAAAACAAAACAAAACCCGAGAAAACGCAUUCCUGCAGGACGGCGCUGCUGAGGAGAUGUGACUGAAUUCUGCCGGGAGGAACCGAGGAAAACAAAACAAACCUGUUGGCGACGAUGAAUUACUCCAAGGCGCAAAUGUCGAACCUUUCUGACGAGGGGAGUCUCCAGCAGUCCGUUCCUGGAGGCGUGAAGCUGGAGGCGGUGAUGGAGCAGCUGCAGAGGCACCCAGGAACCAAACUGGAGAUGAACCUGCAGGAGAAACAUUUCCUUCAAGCUCAGUUCCUCUUGGCCCAUCAGGCCGCGGCGACCCGAGGGCCCAGCGGCUCCAGGCCGGACCCCCUGCUGUGUGACGAACCGGACGGACCGAUCCCCCAAACCGUCCUGAACCAGACGGAGCUGAAGCAGGAGAGCGAAGAUUCGGACAGAGAACAGCGGGAGAUGCAGGAGCCUGAAGGGGGGGAUGAGUUGGAGGAAGAGGGAGAAGAGAGGAAAAUGAGUUUCCAACAUGUUUCCCACUUCCAGCCGUAUUCCACGUCUUUGCUGUCUGCCGUGGAGCAAAGGUCUGAGCCUUCGCCUCCAAGAGUGAAAGAGGAGCAGGAGGAGAAGAACCUGCUGCCUCCUGUGGGUCAGAGCAGCUUCACGUCGCCCAACGGCCUCGCUGACUGGGGUUACGAUGAGCUCUUCAAACUGAGAGGAAGUGGCGUCUGGACGGACGAAUCUGACGGAGCAAAAGCGAGAGGAGAACCGUCCAGAGACUUUGCCAAGCUCUAUGAACUGGAUAACGAUCCUCAACGGAAGGAGUUUCUUGAUGAGCUUUUUGUCUUCAUGCAGAAACGGGGAACACCUGUGAACCGCAUUCCCAUCAUGGCGAAGCAGGUGCUGGACCUGUACAGGCUUUACAAGCUGGUGACGGAGAAGGGAGGACUGGUGGAGGUCAUCAACAAGAAGAUCUGGAGGGAAAUCACCAAAGGCCUCAAUCUGCCCACCUCCAUCACCAGCGCAGCCUUUACCCUGCGAACGCAGUAUAUGAAAUACCUGUAUCCGUUUGAGUGCGCUAAGAAAGGCCUGAGCUCUCCGGGCGAGCUGCAGGCAGCGAUCGACAGCAACCGCAGAGAGGGACGCCGUCCCAGCUACACCAGCAGCCUCUACCGCUACUCUCCUUCCCAGUCUUCUGCCCCACAUUCCCUCCUGCCCUCACCGACCAUGCUCACUCCCCCGGCCGCUCACAACGGCAUCAACAUGAGCCUGUCUGCCAACUCAAAUUUAAAACGGAGUGCAGGUAGGGCAGCAGAUGAGAACUCAACACCAGUCAUAUCCAGGCUGCCGAUGGCUCUGGGCCACCAGCAGCAGCAGCAGCAGCAGCACCAGCAGCAGCACCAGCACCACCAGCAGCAGCAGCACAACCAUCCACAUCAUCCAAAUCAUCCACAUCAUCAGCUUGCACAGCCCGCCACGUUAGAGCAUCUCAGGGAGAGGCUGGAUCGACCAGUCGACGGUCCGGAGAAGAAAAUGAUGCGGCUUGCAGAGGAGCAGCAGCGUCUCAUGCAGCAGGCGCUGCAGCAGAACCUGCUGGCGAUGGCGUCCCACUUCAACCCCGUGAGCCUGAAGCUCAACAACGGCCAUGAAAUGAAAAAGGAUUUGUCUCUCAGCAUCUCUACCAAGGGACCAGCUAGUAUCAGCGUGUCUGUGGAGGUCAACGGGACAGUUUACUCAGGGACGCUGUUAGCCCAGAAGACCUCCGCUCCCGUGUCGUCACAGACCGUAACUCCCGCAGGAACCAGUGGCUUCAGCGCCCUCUCCUCCUCUCACAGCCCAUCCUUUUCGUCUUCCACCUCCUCAAAGGGACCAAAUUAAAGCUUUUAAAAUCUGUCUCUGAUGCACCUAAUAUGCCUCUGGUACCUAAAAAGUGGGCACUUCAGAAAAAAAUAAUGUCACGCACAAAAAAGUCUCUUUUUUUCACUUAAUCACUUUUCAUUCACUCUGAUAGUCUCUCAAACCGGAUUAUAUCACUUGAAACAUUCACAUAAAUAUAGAUUCAUAUCAGUUGACUGUAGCUGUUAGUAUUUUCUUUUUUAGGAGCGUGACAGAGAUUGCAAAACACACAAUGAACAUCCUUAAUGGACUCUGCUUGGGUUUCAGUGACACCAAUAAGUUCUUGAAUUUAUUUGCAUAAUAAUCUGAAUGUAGUUGCUAAUGUGUAGCUAGCAGAGACCAUAAAGCCUUAGCUUGAUGUCGUAGCAUCUGUCUUUAGCUGUUUUUGCUGAUGCCUUUUGUAAUUAUUCAGGUUAACUUGACUGAUGCUUUAUGCUUUUCAUCAAGGACUUCAGGGAAGAAAAUGUUUUCUCAGAAACUGUCAGAAGAAGAAAGUGUGCAGAGAGGAUGGAUCGAUUUACUGCUUUUUUAUUAUUAUUAUUUAAUCAUUUAGAUUUAGUUUUAAACAUUUAUUUCCUGUUUGCUGUGAAAGUGAGACUUGUGUUUAAGCAGGGAACUAUUUGUAAUGCUGAAGUGACGCAACGUUUACCUCAGUCGUCUUCCCAUGUUCUUUAUCUGCUAAUGUAUUGCAGUGUUUGUACAAAAGCAGAGAAUGUAUGGUUGAUGACCUCCUGUUUUGGACAGGCGAACACUGACACAUUGCUACCUCAUUCUACUCGAAAUAUGCAACAUGUUCCUUUAGCCGCGAGCUAAAAAUAAUCUGGAUGUGGACAAUCAAGAAGAACAUAUCUUUGCUGCCGCUGUGACUUUGGUAUUUACCUCUGUGCUGGAGUUUCAUUCUUUGGAUGGGCAGCCAUCAGAAAUAAAACAGUGA